UUGUUUACAUCUCGGGGCCAGCUGUUGUCGGUGUUGUUUGUCGGCUUUUUGAGGUUAGCCAGUUCGCAUCUUCGGUUAAGUGUUUGAGAUGGAGAUGGGCGACGACAAAGGAGAUCUAAAAGUAGCAGAAAAUGAUUGCAAAGAAGAGCAAACUGGUGCAAGGGACGGAGGAGGCCCUUCGACAAGUUCCGCCAUAGCAAGUUACAACCCAAGCACGUCCGAUGCCUUAGAGGAAGAGGAUUUGGAGAAACUGAAAGGUGAUGCUAUCGGCGAUACACUAUUCAGUGAACGUUUCGUCUUGUCAACGUUACUUACUGUGGCUAGUGGCAAGGAUUUGGCUGAGUAUGAAAAGGAUUUGUGUACUCUGUGGGACAUGACAAUUGAACAUGAUGUUGUCAAGCUACUUCUUGAACAUCAGACGCUGGAAUUAUUUUCAAAUGUUGUACGUUUGACGGAAGACAGACGUCUGACUGAGAUUUUAGUAGGCAUAAUCGCAAAUAUGUGUGACUAUCCACCGACAAGGAAGGAACUCUCUGAACAUGCGGAAUUCAUCGCGCCGAUCCUCGACUUAAUAUCAUGUUCAGACAAACUUACGUUAAUCCAAUUGAUGCGGUUUAUUUCGGCACUUUUAGUAUCAGAUGAGGAAAUCGAUCCGUUGAUUUGGUUCGGGUACAUAAAGGAUUCUGUGAAUUUUGUGCAAUUUUUUUCGUUCAUGUUGAGCAACUCGAUGAGUCGUCAAUUAUUAACGGAUGCACUGACUGCUAUGAACGCGUUCUGUGUGAAAUUUUCUCUAGUUGAAGAAGAAAGUGAAUCAAGUAUUGUGUUCCGAGAUUUGUUUGUACAUGAAUAUCUUGUAACUGGGCUUAUCGAGGCGUUCAAAACGCUUGCUUUAGCAAAUUCAGAUCCGGAAUUUGGUAUGUCGUCAGCUACGAGAAAAGUGAAGAAGUUUCACUCAACUUUCCUAGAUAUAAACGUGAUGCUGCUACAAUAUGAAGAACACUCCCAUCGAGCAUACGCUAGUGUUUUAACUGAAUUUCUCAAAUGUAUUACGAACAUCCUUGAACCAUUUUGUGACUCAUUGACCUUAUUUUCUGUCUCACAUCAUGAACUCGAAACAUUGGACAGUGUCAAUCAAAUAUUUGAAUUGCUAUCAUAUCCUUUUGAGGAGGAGUGUUUUAAACGGGUCAUAGAAAUUUGGGACAUUAUCGAGAGUCAACGGGGAGCCGAUCAAGAUGUGGACGACGAAUGGAGUACUGACGAUACUUGGAACGAGUUCGGAAAAGAAACUUCGACAACGCUUAUGGAACUGUUCAUGGAAGUUGCAAAAAAUGCCACGGAAGAACAAUUAACGCAGGCGUUUCAAACUAUGGACAAAUCAUUAAUAGAAAAAAUAGUGAAAUCCGAGAAUGAGGAGAAAGUGUCUGAAGAUCUUAGUGGUGUUUUCAACAAAAUCAGGAAGUUGACAACCAAUUCUACGAAAGCAGAGGCGGCACAAUAGGUUAAGGUACUGUGAAUAUUGUACUUUAUUCAUUUUUAUUAUUAAGGAUCACAUCAAUUAUUAUUAAGGAUGAUAAAUGUAAGGCCAACAUGCAAAUUAAGUUCAGAUAUAAUUAGGCAAUUCAAUAUUAUAUGAGGAUAUAUAUUCAACUUCAGGCUUGGCAAAAUAUGGGCUUUUAAGUUUGAAAAAUUGGUUGUUUCGUUACAUUAGUUUUGUACAUGUUAUAAUUAGGUUAGAGAUGUAUUUUUCUUUAUUGCAAGAAAUUCUGACUUUUAUAUUUCAUUAAGUUAAGCAAGUUAUAGUUUUCAUAUACCUGAUUGAUGAGAUUUGUUCUAUGUUCACUUCUAGGGCUUUCGCUUCUGCCAAAAAUAAGAUUUCUACUUCUUGGGAAUAGCUUUAUGGGAUCCUUGUUUCGAGUUUUGGGAAAUUCUCCAAAGUAAGAGGUUAGACGCGAUGGAAAUUAAAUUUUUCAGUGUACUAUCGAGUAGUCACUUUCUCUAAACAGUGAAUAUUUAGCUGGUUUUAGCUUAAUCCUAUUCAAUGGGUGGCUGUUACAAUUGUGUUAUCUGCUUGAUCUUCCCUGAAUUCACCCCCUUUGUGCAUAUUUCUAUCAUAUAUCUCAAUCUUGACAAUUAAGCUUUUAGCAACCUUCCCUAAAAGUGCUUCUUACGAGGGGUUUUUUAGUAAUAAGAUUUGAUAGUUUUGAAAAAUUCUGAUUUUUUGAACGUCAAUAGCUAUAUUUAUACAAAUUAUAGAAUGCUUACAAUUACAAAAUAAUAAUACUAAGGGUGAAUGGGUAUAAAACCCCUCGGAUAAAAGUGAUUCUUCUGCACAUUUAAUUAUGUAGGUAGAAAAGAAAUUAUUAUUAUAGUGACGCGCACUGAACGUUUUGUUAGUUCAGUACAUGUCUGCAUGUCAGCAGAAAAAUAUGUACACUGGGCGACAUAAUUCAUCAUUCAACUUUAUAUUCAUUUACAGUUCCUUACACUUUUUGCAAAAAUUAAUAAAGUAAUAAAAAAAAUAAUAAUUCUAAACAACAAAAGUGAUCGUACCACUAUUGUUAUUCUGAGAUAUUUGGUUGGGUCUUCUUUGGCUUCCACGACUGCUUGCAUCCGCGAUAGCACAUAUGACACAAGUUUCUGCGUAAUACUCUUUGAAGGAACGUGGUGUUUGUGUAACUACUUUUCGUGGUAGUCCCGCAAAUGCUCGAUUGGAUUUACGGCUGGAGUCUGUUUCGGUGAAUGCAGCUGCUUUGGAACAUUAUAUAGUAGCCAUUCACAUACCAUACGAGCUAUAUGCUUGGGGUCGUUGCCUUGUUAUAAAAUAUAAAUCGGAUCCAAACCCACUUUAUUGACAGACUAAUGUAAAUUGUUUUUCAAAAUAUUUAGGAAUACGUGCUGAUCCA